UUGUGCUGCUUAAAGUUAACAUAGAUAACAGACUCCAUCUGUUAAGUAACAGCUGUUGUGUAUUUGCUAAGUGGUACCAAAAAACGGCAAACGCUUAAAUCAGCGGAAACCUUUGGACUUUCUGUGAUUUUGUAGCGAAGCUCCCUCAACCCCCCAAUAUUCAAAAUGUUUGCCAGCAACACGCGUAAUCUUAUGCGCAGCAGCAUCUUGCAGCGAUGCAAGAGCACUUUGGUGGUAGCCGAGCACAACAAUGAGGCCCUCAACCCGAUCACUCUGAACACCAUCUCCGCGGCCAAGAAGAUCGGUGGUGACGUCACAGUUCUGGUGGCAGGCACAAAAUGCGGACCCGCCUCCGAGGCUCUUUCCAAAGUGGAAGGCGUGACCAAGGUUCUGGUGGCCGAGAAUGCCGCCUUCAACGGAUUUACCGCAGAGGCGCUGACCCCAUUGGUCCUGGCCGCCCAGUCUCAGUUCAAGUUCACCCACAUCCUGGCCGGAGCUUCGGCUUUUGGCAAAAACGUGCUGCCCCGCGUGGCGGCCAAACUGGAUGUGUCGCCCAUUUCGGAGAUCAUCGAUGUUAAGUCGGAGGACACCUUUGUGCGCACUAUCUACGCCGGAAAUGCCAUCCUUACCCUGAAAUCCAAGGACGCCGUUAAGGUGAUCACCGUGAGGAGCACCAAUUUCCCACCGGCAGCCACCAGCGGUGGAAGUGGAGCCGUGGAGCAGGCACCAGCUGGUGACUUCGCCAGCAGCCUGUCCGAGUUUGUAUCCCAGGAGCUGACCAAGUCCGAUCGCCCCGAGCUGGCCGGAGCCAAGGUUAUUGUGUCCGGAGGACGGGGCCUGAAGUCCGGAGAUAACUUUAAGCUGCUGUAUGAUCUGGCCGAUAAGUUUGGUGCCGCUGUGGGUGCCUCUCGUGCUGCCGUGGAUGCUGGAUUUGUGCCCAAUGAUCUGCAGAUCGGUCAGACUGGCAAAAUUGUGGCUCCCGAGUUGUAUAUCGCCGUCGGAAUCUCAGGCGCCAUCCAGCACUUGGCUGGCAUGAAGGACUCCAAGACGAUUGUGGCCAUCAACAAGGAUCCCGAAGCGCCCAUCUUCCAGGUCGCCGAUAUUGGCAUCGUGGCAGAUCUUUUCAAGGCCGUGCCCGAACUAACCGGAAAGUUGUAAGGCGAGAUUGUCACGUGUUGUAGUAUAAAGAUUGUGUACCGAUGAAUUGAUAGCUGUUGCAUUUAUUUGAACUUUUACAUAAGUCCGUGGAAGAUUUUCCCUUAAAUUUUGUAAUAAAACAAGCCGAAGACCUAUUCUAUGUGAAAA